UGCGUCGGGAUCCGCGGGGUCGCGGCGGCCGCCGUGCUGGUCCUCGGCCAUGUGGCGCAGCGGCUGGAGGGCGAGGGGCGCGCUGCGGAGCCUUGGCGGCCGCAGCGCGGACCUCAGAGCAUGGAGGUGGGAGAGCAGCGCGGCCUGUGAGAGGGCGCUGCGGUACCAGGUCGGAGAGAAGCUCCACGGGUUCACUGUCAGCCAGGUAACGGCCGUCCCUGAGCUGUCCCUGACGGCCGUGAGGCUCAGCCACGAUGGCACGGGCGCGCAGUACCUGCACCUGGCCAGGGAGGACAGAAACAACACCUUCAGCGUGCAGUUCCGCACGACUCCUGCAGACAGCAGAGGCGCACCCCACAUCCUGGAACACACAGUCCUGUGUGGCUCCCAGAGGUACCCCUGCAGGGACCCCUUCUUCAAGAUGCUGAACAGGUCGCUGUGCACGUUCAUGAACGCCUUCACGGCUAGUGACUACACGCUGUACCCGUUCUCCACACAAAACCCCAAGGACUUCCAGAACCUCCUGUCUGUGUAUCUGGACGCGGCCUUUUUCCCCUGCUUGCGGGAGCUGGAUUUCUGGCAGGAAGGAUGGCGGCUGGAGCACGAGGACCCCAACGACCCGCAGACGCCCUUGGUCUUCAAAGGAGUCGUCUUCAACGAGAUGAAGGGCGCGUUUGCGGAUAACGAGAGGAUAUUCUCGCAGCACCUUCAGAACCGACUGCUUCCCGACCACACAUAUGCGGUGGUCUCUGGAGGGGACCCCCUGUGCAUCCCGGACCUCACGUGGGAGCAGCUGAGGCGCUUCCACGCCACCCACUACCACCCCAGCAACGCCAGGUUCUUCACGUACGGGAACUUCCCGCUGGAACAGCAUCUGAGACAAAUUCAUGAAGAAGCGCUGAGUAAAUUUCAGAAAAUCGAGCCCCAGACGGCGGUGCCGGCCCAGAAGCCCUGGGACCAGCCGAGAGAGUUCCAGAUCUCGUGUGCCCCGGACUCGCUGGCCACCGGCUCCUCGGGACAGACCACCGUCAGUGUCAGCUUCCUCCUGCCACACAUCACCGACACGUUUGAAGCCUUCACGCUGAGCCUCCUGUCUUCGCUCCUGGUCAGCGGCCCCAGCGCCCCUUUCUAUCAGUCCCUCAUCGAGUCUGGGCUCGGCACGGGCUUCUCUCCCGACGCCGGGUACAACGGCUGCACGCGGGAGGCCUACUUCAGCGUGGGCCUGCAGGGGGUCGCGGAAGAGGACGUCGGGGCAGUCCGCGACCUCGUGGACAGGACGCUGGAUGGCGUCAUCGAGAAAGGAUUUGAAGCUGAUCGGAUCGAAGCUUUGCUCCAUAAGAUUGAGAUACAGAUGAAGCACCAGUCGGUCAGCUUCGGACUCGCCCUGACGCUGCACAUAGCUUCCUGCUGGAACCACGACGGGGACCCCGUGGAGCUCCUAAAGCUGGGCGCUCAGGUGGCGCAGUUCAGGAAGUGCCUGGAGGACAAUCCAAAGUUUUUGCAAGAAAAAGUGCAACAGUAUUUUAAGAAUAAUCAGCACAAGUUGACUUUAUCAAUGACGCCUGAUGACAAGUAUUCCGAGAAGCAAAUGCAGAUGGAAGCAGAAAAACUGAAGCAAAAGGUCAGCUCUCUUUCGCCGGAGGACAAGCAGCGGCUCCACGAGAAAGGUUUAGAAUUGCAGGCGCAGCAGAGUCAGCCGCAGGACGCGUCCUGUCUGCCCGCCUUGAAGGUGUCUGACAUCGAGCCCCGCGUCCCGGCCACGGACUUGGAGGUGGCAACGGCAGCUGGGGACGUGCCCGUGCAGUGCUGCGCCCAGCCCACCAACGGCCUGGUCUACUUCAGGGCCUUCGCGAGCCUCAACUCGGUGCCCGAGGAGCUGCGGCCGUACGUGCCGCUCUUCUGCAGCGUCCUCACCAAGCUGGGCUGCGGCAGCCUCGACUACAGGGAGCAGGCGCAGCAGGUGGAGCUGAAGACGGGGGGCCUGGCCGCCAGCCCGCAGGUGCUCCCCGACGACACGCACCUCGACACCUACGAGCAGGGUGUGCUCUUCUCGUCUUUCUGCCUCGACAGAAACCUCCCCGACAUGAUGCACCUGUGGAGUGAGGUCUUUAACAGCCCCCGCCUGGAGGAGGAGGAGCGCUUCCGCGUGCUGGUGAAGAUGAUGGCCCAGGAGCUGGCCAACGGCGUCCCCGACUCGGGCCACCUGUACGCGUCCAUCAGGGCGGGCAGGACCCUGGCGUCCGCAGGGGACCUGCAGGAGGCCUUCGGGGGCAUGGACCAGGUGAGGCUGAUGAAGAGGAUCGCGGAGACGGCUGACCUCAUGCCCGUCCUGAAGAAGCUGCCGCGCAUCAAAAAGCACUUACUGAACCGGGACAGCUUGAGAUGUGCGGUGAACGCCACACCCCAGCAGAUGCCUCAGGCGCAGAGGGCCGUGGACAGCUUCAUCCGGAGUCUGAGCCGGAGCCAGAAGGAGAGGAAGCCGGUGCGCCCGCAGGUGGUGGAGAAACCCGCCCCUGGCGGAGCCGGCAGGAGCGCCCCAGUCCUGAGGAAGCUGGUGACGGACCCCACCUUCAAGCCCUGCCAGAUGAAGACGCACUUCCUGCUCCCGUUCCCCGUGAACUACGUGGCCGAGUGUGUGAGGACCGCCCCGUACACGGACCCCGACCACGCCAGCCUUCAGGUCCUGGCCCGCUUGAUGACUGCCAAGUUCUUGCACGUGGAAAUUCGAGAGAAAGGCGGUGCUUACGGCGGCGGCGCUCGGCUCAGCCACGGUGGGAUAUUCACGCUCUUCUCCUACAGGGACCCGCGCUCCAUGGAGACGCUGCAGUCCUUUGCGGAGGCCGUGGACUGGGCCCGGUCCGGGCGCUUCACGCAGCAGGACAUUGACGAGGCCAAGCUCUCCGUCUUCGCCGGCGUGGACGCUCCCGUGGCUCCUUCAGACAGAGGGUUGGACCACUUCCUGUACGGCCUCUCGGAUGAGAUGAAGCAGGUGCACCGCGAGCAGCUCUUUGCCGUCUGCCGCGAGGGGCUGGUGGACGUGAGCAACAGGUACCUGGGCACCGGGAGGAGCACACGCGGCGUGGCGCUGCUGGGACCAGAAAACUCGAGGAUCGCGAAGGACCCGUCCUGGAUCGUACGAUAGCAGGUGUCCUCAGGCCGGGGAUCGCGUCUGAGCCGUAACCGCGACAGCGCCCAGGCCGGGGGUCACACCUGUGUGUCUGCAGCUGCCCGAGCCCCUGCAGUCGGGUUCUCAACCCACCACACCACAGCGGGAACUCCAUCCAGCCUUUAAGUUAUUUCUGCUUAGACAAGUCUUGAUCGUGCGUGUAUCUUCUUAGAAUUUGCCUAAGGUCUGCCCUGGCAGGUCAGGGUCUUGAAGAAAUAGUCUCGCACUGAUUGCUGGAGAUGCACAAACUAUAAUUUAAGGUUUUUUUAAUUAUAUAAAUGCUUAUUUUACUUUAUUAAUCCUAGAAUAUGUAUUUUAAAAAUAAAAGCUGACUCUGGCCUA